AAUGGUGAAAUUGAGCAAAGGUUGUUUACCGUGUCGUUUGAAACGGACAAAAUGCGACCUGUUGCUCCCCUCGUGUACUCAAUGCAUCAGGAAGAGCAGAGUAUGCUCAGGCUACCGGAACGAAACUGAUCUGCUAUUCAAGAAUGAAACGCCAGCGGUUGUUCAACGCACGAAGCGUAAAAACACCCAGGGAGGCGACAAUACUGCUUUCCAGCUCAUGACAGUGCCCCCUCAGCAACCUUCAAGACGAGCAGUCAUCAACGACGAGGCCAUUGUACAUUACCUGGGACUCUACAAUGACAAAGUCAUUGCUGCAUCCGGACCGUUGGAGGGCGGGUUCGACUACCUUACCAGUGUGAUUCAAGCCGACUUGCGGACAGGAGGACCUGUAGCUGAGAUGGCCAUGGCGUGCGGGCUAGCGAGUCUUGGAAACUCAACAGGCUCCGUGGAAUUGGUGAGAACGGCUAGAGUCAAGCAUCUAAAGGUACUCCAACAGUUGUCGAAGCAACUACAAGACAAGGACUUGGCAUUAUCGGAUUCUUCCAUCACUACCUGCAUCCUACUAGCGGCUUUCGAGACCCUCGUUGCCGACGAUCCAGUCCCCAACGGUCCCUACAUGACCCAUCUCCUCGGUGCCGUCAAACUCCUAGAACUACGCGGAGACUCUCAGAUGCACACAGACCUCGGCUACUCCAUCUGGCUCAAACUUCGUAACAUGAUUCUCGUGGACUGCCUCCGUCUCGGGCGCCAACUCCCCGGAGCCAUCAACCGCUACCUGGAAUCUGACGCCCGCCGGGCCCAACAGGAAUUCUACCCAGACUUCUUCAUGAUCAUGGAUAGCCUCUGCGCGCUCCGCGACGACCAAAAAGCCAAUGGAUACGUCCGUGCCGAGACCUUUGAGCGCACGCAACGCCUCCACGAAGAAUUUGAGGAUCGCUGUGAGCGGCUGUGCCAACACGUUUCGGACGCGCGACCAGCUGCGGAGUCCGUCGACCAUGAAAAUAACGCAGAGACUACGUAUCGGUUUUUCUCGUUGGCAUCUGCGUGGAUGUUUGUACAGUGCACUCGUGUCAUCUUUGCAGAUAUCUUCCUCGACUGGUCGCGCGCUGAGCACGGAAAGGAUCCAACCCUGAUCACCCUCGCUGCGAUGCAGCAUGAUGCUCAACAGCAUCAGCACUGCUGCCAGAUUGUGCAAGAUGGUGUCAGCUACUACCUAGCCCAUUUCGCGGCAAACAAAACAGCCACGCGGAUCCAUGGUGGGAUAUACAUGUUGUGGCCGCUCGGAUUGUUCCUGUCCCUUUCGACGGUAUCCGUGAAUAGACUAAAGUGGGUCGUGGAGCAAGGAAAGAUGAUAUCAGACGCGUUUAGUUUGCGCAUGGGCAAUAUCAUGGCUGAGGCUGCCGAGGAGCAGUUAAAGUCCUUUGGUGAGAUCAAACAUGACUAG